AUGCCGACAUGUCUCCACCGCACAGUCGCUACGGCACGAGCAAAGCACCUCGCGACGACCUGGUUCCGGCUAGUCUCGCGGGCAGUUUCCGUCGUCGAGAGGAAUGCUGAACUUUUCUCAUGUUCCACGACCUGCUGGCGACAUGUUGCCAACAGGAAGCGAAAAGUGUUGCCCUACUUCCUGUUUCGCCUCAGAUGGCCCUUUCCGGACCGUCGUUGUGACCUAAUUGACACAUGA